UGAACGUAAACCGAGCAUUUGUUUACAUUGGCCAUCAACGCAACGGCAACAAACGACGACGCUGCUGGAGCGAAAGUGCUUUACCAACUCGUACCCAAACAUGGACCAAAACGGAAAGUUAUCGUUUGCGGAAUUUAACCAAAAACUUUUAAAAUAUAUUUCAAACAGUGUUCAUUGCGAUGCGCAAGAGAAAGACAUUAUUUCGCGCUUUAAGAAACUGGUCGAACAGAGAGAUGCCUGCCUUGCACAACUGCAUAAGAAGAAAGAACUGGAACUGGUGUACUCGGAGGACAUUAAAGGUUUGCAACAGCAGCACGCGAAAGCAGUCGAAGUGUUGGAAGGUAUAGAAAAGAAAUGCAACCUUCUUGCGCUAGAGCAGCUGUCGAUUGAUGUCGCACAGCUGCCGCUGAAAGAAUCGACAGAACAGAAUAAACCGCAAGGAUCGACUGAUCCAUCACACCAAAUGAAUGAAAUGUUGCUUAACCGAUUUUUGCGUAAAUAUUGCAAUUUAUACGUGCAGUUCAACGCUUGCGGCAGUGGAAUUCGUGUCCUAUCGUUAGCCGACAAUCAAUAUUACGAGUUUUGUUUGAACGACACCACAAAUGUUGCAGAAUUGAGAGAACACAUCUGGUCCAACUUAGCUACCUCCAGUGGGCAUUUGAAUUCGUGGGAGAGUCUAUUGUAGUUUGUUCUGAUUUUUUUUAAAUAAUAGACUAAGUUUCAAUGCGUGUCUUAGCAGUAAGUGACGAUACAUCGAAAAUGGACGCAGACUAGCACAUUAUUGAAAUAAACAGUUAAUUUUUUGCCGAAAAAA